GGGGGAGGCAGGGAACGCGAAUGUGGAACAUUCAGGAAGGAAAGCGCAAGCUGUCAGACGGGUCUCCACCUUCCUGAGGAGAGGAAUGGACUGCUCCAGGAACUCUAUCCUCCUCGAGACGCUCAAAGAAAACUUUACAACUUUUCACCGAUGUUGCCCGGAAAAGUGGCAACCGACAACUCACAGCUGAUUACAGCUACAGGGAGAUAAUUUGGGCUAGUUGGCUACUAAUGGAAAAUAAAAUGGCGACGGAGGUGAAAUUAAACGGGAAUGAACUUUUGGAAGUUGACAUAUGCGACGGCGGCAUGUGCUCCGAGGACGAGAGCGGCGUUUUUGUCAACACUGUCGCCUCCUUCCAGGAUGAUUUCUCCGGCUUCCAGCAGUGGAGGAUCCCCGCCGCUGAGUCACCUAAUGACACAUCAUCACCUCCGGGAAAGCAGGUCCUCAGCGAGCACGGAGCUCCGCCUGCCGCCGGAGAGAGUGACUCUCACCCGCAGGGAGACGGAUUUAAAGCUGCGAGGACUUCCAUAGUGGACUGUCUGUUGGUGGAGCUUUAUGAGACGUACAGUGGAGGCAGCGCGAGGAAUAUGGACAGCUGGGACAGCUCCACCGAGGCGUCCGGAUCUGAUGCUUUUCUGGGGCGCAGUUACUCCGGGUCCAGCUUCCUCCAGGAGCUCCAGGAGAAGCACACAAGGAGGCAUCAGAUGAACUACCUGGCCCAGAAAGCCCCGGAGGAGUUGCGUUCAAUCAUCCAGGAGGUCAAAUAUCGUUCAGGCCUGCAGUCGGCCAAGCUGAUUCGCCAGCUGAGGAGACGGGACCGACUUUGCCACAAACUGCAGAAGAACUACGACAUCAUCACAGCUUGCCUUCAGGCUGUCUCACAAAAACGACGAGUUGACACACGGCUGAAGUUUACCAUUGAACCAUCACUGGGAAAGAAUGGAUUCCAGCAGUGGUACGAUGCCCUUAAAGCAGUGGCUAGGCUCCCUACUGGGAUUCCAAAGGAAUGGAGGAAGAGGGUUUGGCUGACACUAGCAGACCAGUACCUCCACAGUAUUUCUAUUGACUGGGAGAAGACGCUUCGUUUUGCCUUUAACGAGCGUAGCAACCCAGACGAUGACUCCCUCGGCAUCCAAAUUGUCAAGGACCUACAUAGGACCGGUUGCAGUUCUUACUGUGGCCAGGAGGGGGAGCAGGACAGGGUGGUGCUGAAGAGGGUGCUGCUCGCAUACGCCCGCUGGAAUAAAACUGUGGGUUACUGCCAAGGAUUCAACGUACUGGCUGCACUCAUACUGGAAGUUACAGAGGGCAAUGAGAGUGAUGCACUUAAGGUGAUGAUCUAUCUGAUUGACAAAGUGCUGCCCGAUAGUUAUUUUGCCAACAACCUGCGAGCAUUGUCAGUGGACAUGGCGGUGUUCAGAGACCUGCUGCGUCUAAAGCUGCCGAGACUGUCUCAGCAUCUCCACCACCUUCAGAAAGUUGCCAACCGAGAAGCUGGAGGCAGCUACGAGCCUCCGCUGACCAACGUGUUCACUAUGCAGUGGUUCCUCACUAUGUUCGCCACCUGCCUGCCGGCGCCCACCGUGCUGAAGAUCUGGGACUCUGUUUUCUUCGAGGGUUCAGAGGUGUUGUUUCGGGUCGCCCUCGCCAUCUGGGAGAGACUGGGAGAGAGGAUUGAAUACUGUCAGACAGCAGAUGAGUUUUACAGCACGAUGGGGUGUCUCACUCAGGAGAUGCUGGAGCGCAACCUCAUUGAUCCUACCGAACUCAUGCAGGAGGUUUACUCCAUAGCGGUGUUUCCUUUCCCUCAACUGGCUGAACUGAGAGAGAAAUACACCUACAACAUCACUCCGUUCCCUACCUCAGUCAAAUCCAAUGGAAGUGGUGGUCUGGGAAGCUGGGAGAGCGAUGACGAUGCCGACAUGGAUGAUGAAGACUCUAUGGUGACGGCACUCGGUUGCCUGGGUCCCCUGGGUGGCCUACUGGCCCCCGAGCUGCAGAGAUACCAGAAACAUCUUAAAGACCAGCGAGCAGAGCAAGGAAACAUCGCAGAGCUGAGCCCAGGAGCGGUGGGAGCUGUGGGGGCAGGAGGAGGAGGUGCCAAGGCAGAGCAUCAAGCAGCAAUCAACAGCAUGAUGAUGGAGAGAAUGAGCACCGACAUCUACGCCCUGAAGAAGCAAUACACACGAAUCAAAAGGCGGCAGCAGCAACAGGCUAUGCAAAUCUACAUUCGCACAGACAAGUGCCCCGCCACCCGUGUCCUGGCCUCCCAACUCAACCCUUCCAGCUCAGUAAUCAACCACCUCCUUCUGGGUAAUAAACCACGCAGAGGAGGCUCCAGACUCACAUCCACUAGCACAUCUACACUACCAGGCUGCCGACCUACUUCUCUUUCCCAGAGUCAGGGCUCCCCAGCCAGGCAGCGCUGUAGCUCGCUGAUUUCCAACAGUACUGGAUCUCCAGGGAGCUCUGCAGGAGGAGCGGGGUCUCCCUGGCGAGCUCAUGUCCGGGUACAUCGAAGGAAUAUAGCCAGGGCGCGAGCACAGCUGGGCUUUGGAGAUUCAGAGGAAAGGGAAGAUGGAGUGGAGGAAAAAGAAGGAGGAUCAGGAUUGGAGGGUGAAGAGGAGAGGAAGGAUGAGGAAAAUGAGAUGGAUGAUGAGGAGCAGAAUGAGGGAAGUGUCUCCUCCAUGUAUCCGUCUCCUGAUCCCUUGGGAACAGGGUCAGUAUGUGAAGAGGUGCCACAGGUUGCAGAUGAGAUGAAAGAAGCAGAAGUUGCAGAUGUUGUGGUGCAACUGGACUCCCUGGAUCUAGAGGACAAAUCUAAUCUGACCUCCCCCAAUAACGCAAACCCAGAUACACAACCCACACUACCAGAGUCUAAACCUGUACCCCAAGUCCCUCUUCUCCCUCCUCCGCCUUCCUCAAACAGACAUAAAGAGUCUGAUUCCUCAGGUUCAGAAAGAAACACUGCCUCUGACAGACACUUUCCCUCCAUCGCAUUACCUCCAUCUCACCACUCUUUUAAGAUCCCUUCCUCACCCUCCACCCUGAGUCCGUCCCCGUCUCCAGUCCCUACAUCGGCUUCUCUCAGUCCCUCAUGCUUUUCCUCUCCUAAACCACCCCCCACCCCAACAGCACCCCUUCCAUCAGUUCCUUCAGUUAAUGGCCUAUCCUCUCUCACUCUUCCCGCAUCCUCUACCUUUUACAAAACUUCCUCCCCCUCCACUCCCUCACUUUCAUCGAUCUCCUCAUCAUCCAGAUCUAAUAUGUCCUCCUCGCCGUCAACCCCAGCACUCUCGUCCACCGGCACCUUCACUCCUAAACAGCAGGUCUUUUCCCCGUUCCCGAGCGUGAAGCAGCCUAGGAAAUCAGCAGCAGCCAGAAAUCUUGGUCUCUAUGGUCCUACAUCCAGAACACCGACAGUUCACUUCCCUCAGCUCAGCCGUAACCUUAACCGCAGUAGUGGUGCCGGCACCACCGGGAGGCGAUGAAAACCUCUCCUCCUCCUGAACUGAUGUUAGAAACACACAGUUGCAUAAUAUAAAAAUCAUUCUAUAACGAUACCGUGUUGCCUCCUGCUUAUCAAGAAAAUAACCCAUAUCUCCUUUGAAGUAGAUUGAAAGUUCUAGAAAUGUGAAGUUCAGAUGUGUUCAGAAAUUUGGUCAUUAUUGAUGUUGAAAUGUGAAGAUUGUGGUUGACCUGACCUCACAGGCCAUUACAGACAGACAUUUAAGAAGGAAGUUUUGUUUAGUGUUUCAACCGCACUGAAACAGCUAAGGUAAAGCUAACGAAGGACUAUAGGACCAUCACGAUAUCAAGGCCUUUGCAGUGGCCUAUGCAGGUCCUUCUUGAACAUAUUGGAUACAUGAUAUAAAAUGAUAAGAUAUCUGGUGUGAACUAUGUGAACUAUCUUUCUAAACAGUUACAUUGCAUUUGUACUGGACAUCUGCGUUUCUUCAACAGUGGUUUGUGAACCCCGUACUGAAAAAUGAAGAGUCUCUAACCUGCUGACAAAUGCUUCUAUCUGGACUCAUAUGGACCAUAUUUGAUGAACUACCUUUUUUUCCUAUGAAGUUACACAAUAGCCAUCCAGUUAUUUCUAUGCCAAGUAUUUAAAAAAAAAAAAUUACCCAAGAAACAAGCGAUACCUAAGAACUGCUGUAAGUAAAGAAUUAUAAAAACUUGUGUGCCCAAAAAACAUCCCAGUCUUAAAACUUUUGAAGUCCUGAUAAACUUACAUUUUUUGUUCUGUGUAACUGUGAAAUCAUUAUAUGCGUGUACUCUCUGUCUUUAACCUGACUGUUGAACUGUUGAGGAAUGUAAUAUUUGGUCAAUAAUGAAUUGAGUGAGAAUGGGAAUGCUACUCUUUAAACCAGCUUGGCUCAGUUUUGUUUUGACCAUUGGGGUGUGAAUACUGUGUAAAUGAAAUGAGGCAAAUAUAAAGGAAUUUACCAUAUCAAA